UUUGAUCAAACUUGCGCUAGGUGCUUAUCAAGUGUCAGGUCCUGACUGGACCCAGACGUUAUACACACACACACACACACACACACAAACACAAACAAACACGUUAUUGGUGUGCAUGAGAACGCGAUGAAGAGAAGGGUCGUUAAACCGAGAGACUCCACUUCCGGUGUCGAUGCAGCUCAGAGGACCGGCGGAGACCGGAGGAAGGAGGGGACGUCGGCGGGAUGGUGGCUGAAAAGAGGUGUUUGGGCCCUCUUUGUUGUCUUUAUUUUGGUGCUUUUCUCGCUGCGAAUCCUCCCAGAAUUAAUCCAGCACUUUGUUCACACCCACAGAAUCAGGGUGCCAUUCUUUGUUGACCUGAGCCAACCUGCUGAUCUCUCCCUUAAUCACACCAUCAACAUGUACUUAACAUCAGAGGAAGGCAUCUCCCUUGGCGUAUGGCACACUGUCCCUGAAAGUCGGUGGAAGGAGGCGCAAGGGAAGGACUUGGCAUGGUACCAGAACACUUUCAGCGAUGGAAGGCCAGUUUUCAUAUAUCUUCAUGGGAACACAGGCACAAGGGCAAACACUCAUCGGGUGGGAGUGGCAAAAGUAUUGAGUGCCCUUGGUUACCACGUGCUGGUGCCUGACUACAGAGGGUUUGGAGAUUCCACUGGAGAGCCAACUGAGGCCGGUCUGACCACUGACGCCCUGUACUUGUACAACUGGGUCAAGGCUCGCAGUGGAAACAGCCUGGUUGUCGUCUGGGGACACUCUCUUGGCUCUGGUGUGGCAACUAACUCUGCAGUAAAGCUAAUUGAACAGGGUGUAAGCUUGGAUGGUGUGAUCCUGGAGGGUGCAUUCAAUAGUGCAAGAGAGCCGCUUACUCAUCAUCCGUUUACCUGGUAUUACUGGAAAUUUCCAGGCACUGGAUACCUUUUCCCGGAGCCAUGGGCAGAAAACAAGCUUGUCUUUCCUUCUGAAGAAAAUUUGAAGAAAAUGAGAAGCCGAAUACUUUUCCUACACUCAGAGGACGAUCACCUAGUUCCUAUUCAGGUUGUUCAGCAGAUGUACAAGGUAGCAGUGAGUGCCCAGAAUGCAGAGCAAGUCAAGAUGGUGUCAUUUGACGGUUCUCUGGGGUAUCUGCACAACGGCUUGUAUAGAGACCCCCAUUUGCCUGACAUCUUAAAGAAGUUUGUGCUGUCAUGCAGGAAAGACGACUGAGACAGAAGAGCCGUGCCACAUUUCAGAUGAAGAGCACUAAUUUCAUUUCAUUGUAUUGUUUGUUUUGUCUUCACAGCUGCAUGUUUUGGAUAAAUAUGUCAUCCAUAGUGAAGUUAUUCAGGCUAAUAUAUGGUACACUUUGGUUUGAAAUGGGUUGAAAUUGAUAAAGAUUCUGUUUGUUUUUUUAAAUCAUAUCUAAAAAAAAAUGGAAUUUAUUCUGAUAACAGAACUAAAAAUAAAUCUUCUAAUUUAAAAUAUAAUUCAGAUGAGCAACAGUAAGUGCCCUCUGCUGGUCGUUUUUGUGUGGUGUUAAUGCUCAUCUAUAAUACCAGAUAAUCACUUAGUUAAUUCAAGGCUUCAUGUCUAAUGUGUCAGGGACAUUUCAGAGGGGAGAAGGUCUGUCCUCUGACCUGUUUAUCACAAAUGUCUUUUAAGGUAAACUAAAAUUCUCACUUCUGUCUGUUCAGAAUAUAUGGCGCAUUCAUACACAUUCAAAGAAUCUUAGUUCAUAGUUUAUUUCAUUUUAUGACUUUUUUUUUUCACCUGUUAGCUUAAGUUGAUUUCUGUCUGUGGGAAAUCUUCAAACUAAUUCACAUUUCUUAUUGAGCUAAGUUCAGUAAAUUGUAAACUGUCCAAAUGCAUAUUUGUAUACUGAUUCCAAAUGGAUUUUUCUUACCUUGAUAACUUAAAAUCUCACUCAUGUGUUUGCACUCUC